CUCAACAAAUUCUCAGGUAUACUAUCUCUGCACAAGAAAGGAAAAAAAAAAAACCCCCUAAUUUCUCUCUCCGUCAGAUCGAUUUAUUUACUAUCCUUCAAUUCAGCAAAUUAAAAUCACCACACCAGCGAUUCGUCUGCUCUUAUUUUGAAGUAGUAUUAUUAUUACACGCAGCAAGAAAGGAAAAAUAAUUACUAGUAGCAACAAAAAUUCUGAUCGAGUUUUGAAGAGUAAAUCGAAGAUGGUAGCGGAAGCAGCAGCAGCAGAUAUAUUGUUUCAUCAAAGCGUUUCGGUUCAAUAUCAUCUUUGCGUUUCUUCCAAGAAGAUGCCGCCGUCUCCCAUCGAAAUCGAUGCCCUGCCUACUCCGCCGACGACUCCCACCACCGUCUUUCAAGCCGCUUCUGGCGUCCAAAUCUCUCGCUCUGAAUCCUAUCAGGCCCUGGGUUGCUCAGCUAGUAUCCAAACUACAACUUUUGUAGACUCUCCAAGGAACAUCAAGUUUCUUCCGACUAUCCGUUCAGGAAGCCAUACGGAUACUGGUCGCCGCAGAUCCAAUGAAGAUGAACACAUUUGCAUAGACGAUCUCUCUACCCGUUUGGGUACUCUCUACACAUGGCUUCUGCCUAGUUCAUUUUAUGCUAUUUUUGAUGGUCAUGGGGGUUCUGAUGCCUCAUCUUAUGUUAAAAAGAAUGCCAUGAGAUUCUUCUUUGAAGAUGCUGGGCUGCCAAAAAAUUCUGAUAUCAACAAAUCAUUUUUGGAGGAGUUGGAAAAUUCUCAUCGCAGAGCAUUUUUGGUUGCUGAUCAAGCCUUGGCUGAUGAACGUAGUAUUGAUGCAUCCUGCGGAACGACAGCAAUUACUGCUCUUGUACUUGGAAGGCAUCUUUUAAUUGCAAAUGCUGGCGACUCUCGUGCUGUUCUGAGUAGGAAAGGAGAUGCUGUUCAGUUGUCUCAAGAUCAUAGACCCUCCUCUGUUGUUGAAAGGAAGAGGGUUGAGGAUUUAGGUGGCGUAAUAGAAUAUGGAUAUCUAAAUGGUGAACUUGCUGUUACUCGGGCUCUUGGAGACUGGUGCAUGAAACUUCCUUUUGGCUCUGCAUCGCCUCUGACUGCUGAACCAGAGGUACAACACAUUUUGCUAUCCGAGGAUGAUGAAUUCUUGAUCAUUGGGUGUGAUGGGAUAUGGGAUGUUAUGUCAAACCAGGACGCUGUCAGCCUGGUUCGUCGCAAGCUUAGGCUGCACGGUGACCCACAGCAGUGUGCCAGAGAACUCGUGGAUCAAGCUCUAUGCAGGGCAUCAAGUGACAACCUCACAGUAAUUGUUGUCUGCUUUAGUCCUGUAGAUGGUCAAGAUCCGGUUGCCUCUCAAAGACCGAGGCUCAGGUGCUGCAGCUUGUCUGAGGAGGCUAGGAGGAAGCUGCGCAGUUUACUGGAAGGCAACUGAAUGUAUGCUUCAUAUUGUUUUGUGGAACGAGAAAAAAAAAAAAAAAAGAAGAAACAGUGUGUAAAUAGACACAAUUGUUCUGAAGAAAUGAUUUUUAUCUGUUUUGUGGUUGCUUCAGAUUUACCGAGAAAAAGCAGCCAGCAGUUUUGUGCGGGUAGGGAUAGAAAUGGUGGUGUUUGUAGCUGCAUUUAAAAUAAAAAAAAAAAAAAAAAUUGUCUGUGUUUAGAUGCAAGGAGUUCACUUGUACUAAUGGUGAACUCAGUUUUGGAGCAUCCUGUUUUAGGGGAUGUCUUCCCUACACGUAAAAAAUCAAUUCUAUUUAUUCAAAUUAGUU